GCUCGAUGACGUCACGGAGCGAAGGGCCUGAUCGCAGAGAGUCUUCCGGAGUGAAUCAGUUUUUAACAGAGGAAUAAAGCAGUGAUUGUAACUGUGUCUUGUGUUCAUACGCGAAUCUCUAUGGCUGGUGUGAUCGGCUAGAGGCUCGGAUCAGGCUUUGUGUUUGUGUCAGAGAGAGUUCGAGCAUGGCGGCGGCUGGAGGGAAGACGUACUCGUUCAAGGUGGUGUUGCUGGGGGAGGGAUGCGUCGGCAAAACAUCGCUGGUGCUGCGAUACUGCGAGAACAAAUUCAACGACAAGCACAUCACUACUCUACAGGCAUCAUUCCUUACAAAGAAGCUCAAUAUCACAGGGAAGAGAGUAAAUUUGGCUAUAUGGGACACAGCUGGUCAGGAGCGUUUCCAUGCUCUUGGACCCAUCUACUACAGAGACUCAAACGGAGCCAUUUUGGUGUAUGACGUCACAGAUGAGGACUCAUUUCAGAAGGUGAAAAUUUGGGUAAAAGAAUUAAGGAAAAUGUUGGGGAAUGAAAUAUGUUUAUGUAUAGUAGGCAAUAAAACUGACCUGGAAAAAGACAGACAUGUAUCAGUUGAAGAGGCAGAAGGAUAUGCAGAGUCAGUGGGUGCAAAACACUAUCACACAUCAGCCAAAUUAAACAAAGGAAUAGAGGAGUUGUUUCUGGACUUGUGUAAACGUAUGAUGGAGAAUGCUCAGGCAGAUGAGAGAUCAAGGGGGAAUGGCGCGAGUCACACGAGCACACGAACGAGAGGCGUUCAGAUCGUCGAUGACGAACCACAAACUGCCAUGGCUGCCGGAGGCUGCUGUUCAUCCGGAUAAAUUCAUUGAAUCCUUUUACCUGGGACUGAUAACGCCCCCUCUCGCUCCGUUCUGUGUAUAAACUGCCACUUGCCACAGCUACACACAUACGCUACAGCUCUGUCAUUUAACGGUUUGUUCCUUUAUGAAACAGUUGAUUAAAAACUUUGACUUUGGGGCUAUAAAAAUGUCAGAUUGACCCACACUGAUGGUAUUCACUUUGGCAAAUUAAUACAAAUAGCUACCAAAUGGCCGGUCUUAUAAAACAACCAUGCACUGAUGUAUUUUCCUAACUAUCAUUUGAUGCAUUUGCCCUUUUUCUUUUGCCAAGGUGUUGUGCAUGUAGAAUCUGUAAAAUCCUCGUUUUAUUUUACAUCAUAGGAAAAAAAAAUCUUUAUUAUUUAAUAACUUAUUUACAAGUUAUAUCAAACAUCAACAUGUCUAAAGACCUGUGUACUUGUAGUAAUCAAUGGGGUUUUGCCAUUCUUAUACAGUCUAAUUCUGUCUUUCAAAUCUUCUGUAUCUUUCUUAAAAAUAAGAAAUUAAAAACCAUCUAGAACAAUUAAACUCCUUGUAGAUUUUAUUUUCUCUCUCUCAACGAUUUACCACUAUAAUUUAAGGUGGGGGUGGGGGGGGGAGUUUGCUUGCUAAAUUCCAAUAGGGGAAAUAUUCAAUAUUGUGUACUUUUUUCAAGUUAUCAAAAACAACACAGUGACUCAGUGUUCAGUGUUCAUAUUGUAUGAAUGUACAUUGAAUUAUACAGCUGUGGUAAACACUUAUUUUGGAAUUGUGGUUUUAACUUCUACUUUUACAAUGAUUGUUCAAUAUUUUUGUUUUUCAAGCCCUGAACAUUUGGACCAUUUUUUGAAGUACUAAUAGUUUCAAAUCAUCACCUGAGGUGCAGCUUCUACAGCCUACUGUGCCUUUAAAUAAAACUGUCUAGACUGACCAAUUCUAUCUGCCUACUAUCAUAUCUCAUUAGUAAGUAUUUAUUAAUUGAAUGGUCGUUUGGAAAUUAUUUAUAGGCUUUUCUUGCACUAAUGGACUUACAGAAAAUAAACUCUUGAAACACUUUUCACACUUACUAGUUUAUUUAAAUAAUCUGCUAAUAAUAUAUGCUAAGGUAAAUUUCAUAGCUAGCAUUUUAUUUAACCUAAAUACAAAUAUUUUCACACUGUUUGCUUAAUUUGACAAAAUUACAGUUUGAUUGAAAAUUAUGCCUAAUAAAAGUAUUCUGUUCACAAAUGA